AAAAAUCAAACCUCCUUCUCUCAGAUACUCGCUCACUCACGCCCUUCUCUCUCUGCCUCUUUACGCGCCCACUUGUCAAGAAAAAUCACUAUUACAUCCUAGCAUGAGUCGCAAGAGAGACAGGUCCUACUUCUCCCGCCACGAAUUUACGUCAGCUCCGAAACGGCGCCGUCCUCUUCCCCCUCAUCGGCUGCCCGUCGAUGACAAGCCAGCCGGCAAGCCCAUUCCUCCGCCAGCUGUUGUGGUGCUGGGUCUUUCCCCGAAUUGCUCUGUGCUUGAUUUGAAGUCGAGGUUCGAGAUCUACGGCACAAUCUCCCGCAUUCGCAUCGAUCACAACGGCGUCGGAAACAUCUCCUUCCGUACGAAAGAAUCUGCUGAAGCUGCUAUUGCUGCUGCUCUAGACGCGUCUUUCGGCAUCACCGUCGAUUCCCAAAAGGUACAAGUUUUAUGGGCAACAGAUCCUCUUGCCCAGUGGAAGGAAGCAGUUGGAGGUGGUGCAAAUAAUGACAAUGGUUCAUCUUCCAAACUUUUACGUGCCGAGGUACCUCUCAGCAGACAUGGAAGAGGUAAUAAGCUUGCUUCAGCUAUAGUCAACCCCAAAAGUGGUAGUGAUGGCUCUUCAGCCUUAGAGGUGCCUUUUAAAGGCAGAGAAAUUGUUGCUUAUGAUGAUAUCCUGUGACUGUUGAACUGGUAUUUGUAUUUAUUUUUGGUGAAAAUAGGUUUAAUUUAAAGUGUGUAGCAAAAAGUAGGCUGCCUGAAUUAUUAGUGGAAGUUAGCUGAUACGGUGGUGGUUUGUAAUAGUUUUUCUGUUGGUAGUGAAUGUAGUGUUGAUUUAUAUUUGAUUUAUAUUUCCUGGUUGUUCAAUUGUUCUCUUUGAUGAGGAUUUAGGUGUAUGUGUAAUAUGAUUGUACUUUUGUGUAUCUUAAUUCAAGAGUUGUAAAUUUAUGAAUGGGAAUAAAUUUCUAUUUCCCGAGACUUAUUAAUA